GGGAGGCUCUGAGGAACUUCCCGGAGUCGGUGCGUGAGGAAGGCGACGUCCAGCUGGCUUUUCUCUCGUGAGAGCCCAGCCGAGCAGUGUGGGGCGGCGAAGGCGAAGGCCCAGGCGGGGAACUGAGGCCGCCGGGGGCCCAGCCAUGGCGGCCGAGUCUGUGGAGCGGCUGCAGCAGCGGAUACAGGAGCUGGAGCGGGAACUUGCUCUGGAGAGAAGUCUGCGGGGCCUAGGGGGCGGCGGCGAUGGAGGGGCUGGCCGGGCCCGCAUCGAGAAGAUGAGCUCGGAGGUGGUGGAUUCUAAUCCCUACAGCCGCCUGAUGGCAUUGAAGCGAAUGGGAAUUGUAAGCGACUAUGAGAAAAUCCGUACCUUUGCUGUAGCAAUCGUAGGUGUUGGCGGAGUUGGUAGUGUGACUGCUGAAAUGUUGACAAGAUGUGGCAUUGGUAAGCUACUACUCUUUGACUAUGACAAGGUGGAGUUGGCCAAUAUGAACCGGCUCUUCUUCCAGCCUCACCAAGCAGGACUGAGUAAAGUUCAAGCAGCAGAACAUACCUUGAGGAACAUUAAUCCUGAUGUUGUUUUUGAAGUACAUAACUAUAAUAUUACCACCGUGGAAAACUUUAAACAUUUCAUGGACAGGAUAAGCAAUGGUGGGUUAGAAGAAGGAAAAGCUGUUGAUCUGGUUCUUAGCUGUGUGGAUAAUUUUGAAGCUCGAAUGACAAUAAAUACAGCAUGUAAUGAACUUGGACAAACUUGGAUGGAAUCUGGGGUGAGCGAAAACGCAGUUUCAGGCCACAUACAGCUCAUCAUUCCUGGACAGUCUGCCUGUUUCGCGUGUGCUCCACCACUUGUAGUUGCUGCGAACAUCGAUGAGAAGACGCUGAAGCGAGAAGGGGUCUGUGCCGCCAGUCUCCCCACCACCAUGGGGGUGGUUGCUGGGAUCUUGGUGCAAAAUGUGCUAAAGUUUCUGUUAAACUUUGGUACUGUCAGCUUUUACCUUGGCUACAAUGCGAUGCAGGAUUUCUUCCCUACGAUGUCCAUGAAGCCAAAUCCCCAGUGUGAUGACCACAACUGCAGGAAACAGCAGGAGGAAUACAAGAGGAAGGCGGCUUCACUGCCCACAAAGGAGGUCGUCCAGGAAGAGGAGGAGAUAGUGCAUGAAGACAAUGAGUGGGGUAUAGAGCUGGUGUCUGAGAUUUCAGAACAGGAACUAAAAAGCUCUUCAGGUCCAGUUCCUGACUUACCUGAAGGAAUUACAGUAGCAUACACGAUUCCCAAACAGCAUCAAGCCUCUGGGCCUGAAGUAGCAGUGGAAGAUUCUGGCGAAAGCUUGGAAGACCUCAUGGCCAGGAUGAAGAACCUGUAGAUGAUGGACUGGCAUGUAUUUUAUUUUGUGCUUAAGCUAUUCCCUUGAAACAACAACAA